UUUUCAUCCAAGGUCACUUCAAUCUUUCUUCUCAAUUUUUUUUUUGUUUUGCUUUCUUUCUGUUCUGGACUUCAGAAUUUUACAUGUGUACUUUGUACUCCUAGUUCUGAAGUUUCUAUUUGUUUCUUUGAUCUGAUUUUUAUUAUAUUCAAUUUCUCCAUCAAGUUGAACUUUGAAAUCAUCAGUAUGGUUUGAAUCAUUCAUUUACAACUCAUGCCACAAACAUGCAUGUAUUGUUUCAGAUUGGGUCACAAUAAAAAGCUGGUCGAUGAGAAGAUGAAUUUUUUUUAUCUUAGCUGUGAGUAACAUGUUUAACCUUUCAAAAGAAAUGGCUCACUUCCUGAAGUUAUCUAAAUAAAUUAGUGAUAUUCUGCUAGUCAUGGAGGACAAUGGAAGGUUUGAAGAGAAGUCCUUUACAAAUGGUGAUGUCUACAUUGGUAAAUUCAAGGGUAUACUUCCCCACGGCAACGGGAAGUACACAUGGUCAGAUGGAUCGGUAUAUGAAGGGGAUUGGAUAGAUGGAAAAAUGACAGGGAAAGGGAUACUUAUAUGGCCAUCAGGAGCAAAGUAUGAGGGCGAAUUCUCCGGGAGUUAUCUUCAUGGUCACGGCACAUUCACAAAAUCGAACGGCUGUGUUUACACAGGUGGAUGGAGGAUGAAUGCUCAUCACGGGAUUGGACGAAAAGCGUAUUCCAAUUCAGAUAUUUACGAAGGUUUAUGGAAAGAAGGAAUUCGCGAAGGCAGCGGAAAAUUUACUUGGAAUGAUGGAAGUAUCUAUAUUGGAAAUUGGAAAAAAGGGAAAAUAGAUGGAAGGGGGAUUAUGAAGUGGUUUAACGGCGAUGUUUUUGAUGGUUGUUGGUUAAAUGGACUUAGACAAGGAUCUGGAGUUUAUAGAUUUUCAGAUGGAGGACUUUAUAUUGGAACAUGGAGUAAAGGCCUAAAGGACGGAAAAGGAACGUUCUAUCCUUCUGGUAGCAAACAACCAUCUCUAAAGAAAUGGUGUACCAAUCUUCAUAGCGAUGAGAAUUGUAAGGUUCCAAAUUCAAGAUUUAAUCGCAGUCUCUCUGAGAAAGCUCGAGCCAGUGGUAGAUCGAAAAGUUCACGUCAUUUAUCUCAAAGUACUUCAUUGUUGGAUGAGAAUCAUGUGAUUCAAAACCCUGCUGACGAUUGCAUCUGUCGUGAUUCCUCAUCCGCGUUACCGCGGACCUCCAAUGAAGGUCAAUCUGAGGUAUCUGUUAUGAGUAAUAUGGUUUUUGAAAGGGAAUAUAUGCAAGGAGUUCUAAUUGUGGAGAGACUUCGUGAGUGUUCAGAAAAACCGCAUAAUAAGAACAAAAGGCAAAGUAAAUUUAGUAUGAAGCAAGUAAAAAAGAGUUCGUUUAUAGGCACUAUCCAAAACCGCCGAAGCUAUUAUCUGAAGCUUAAUUUGCAGCUUGGCAUCAGGUACACUGUAGGAAAAAUUACACCAGUUCCUGCACGUGAAGUUCGGUCGUCUGAUUUUGGAGAAAGAGCUAGAAUAAGGAUGUACUUUCCUAAGGAGGGUUCACAAUUGACUCCUCCACACUGUUCUGUAGACUUCUACUGGAAAGAUUAUUGCCCUAUGGUCUUCAGGAAUUUGAGAGAAAUGUUCAAAUUGGAUGCGGCCGAGUACAUGAUGUCCAUUUGUGGUGACUGUGCUCUAAAGGACAUAUCUUCACCUGGAAAAAGUGGCAGCAUAUUCUUUAUUUCUCAAGAUGAUAAAUUUGUGAUCAAGACACUAAAAAAAUAUGAGCUAAAGGUUCUGCUCAAUAUGCUUCCUAAAUACUACCAUCAUGUAGGAAGUUAUGAAAAUACUCUUAUUACAAAAUUCUUCGGGAUCCAUCGAAUAACACUGAGAGGUGGGAAAAAGGUGCGAUUUGUUGUCAUGGGAAAUAUGUUUUGCACAGAACUUCAUAUCCACCGUCGCUACGAUCUGAAGGGAUCUUCUCAAGGAAGAUAUACAAGCCAAGAUAAAAUUAAUAGCAAUACAACAUUGAAAGAUCUUGAUCUAAAAUAUGAAUUUCAUAUGGAUAAAAAGUUGCGAGAAUCGUUAUUCAAGCAAAUUUCUCUAGACUGCAAAUUUUUGGAAUCUCAGCACAUAAUUGAUUACAGCCUUUUGUUGGGAUUGCAUUUUAGAGCUCCAGAGAAUCUAAAGGCGUUGGUCGAACCUCCUGGAUCAAUACAGCGUCAGUUUAGUUUACCUUCUGCAGAUGUAGAUAUACUCAAACAAGGGGAGCAGUUGAUCAUUCCGAAAGGCUUGUUGUUAGUUGCACAUGAACCGAGCUUCGUCAAUGCGACGCCUGGACCUCACAUUAGAGGGAAUACAUUGAGAGCAUACUCCAUAGGUAACAAGGAAGUUGAUCUUUUACUUCCCGGUACUGCAAGAUUGCCGGUGCAAUUAGGAGUGAACAUGCCGGCUCAAGCUACUAGUUUGCUUCAAGAAGAUAAAGUGGAAGAAUCAGAAGUCGAGCUUUUUGAGGUUUAUGAUGUGGUACUCUACAUGGGAAUAAUAGAUAUACUUCAGGAAUACAAUGUCAAAAAGAAACUUGAGCAUGCCUACAAAUCACUGCAGUUUGAUCCUAUGACUAUAUCAGUAAUAGAACCUAAAAUUUAUGCUGAACGUUUCAUCAAUUUCAUGGAUAAAAAAGUUUUUCCAGAAAUACCGUGAUGUCUGUAUAUUUGUUAUCUUUUCAUUUUGGUUUUAAUCUUUCUUUGUAAUUAAUUGUUCCAAAGGAUGAAUGAUUAUGUACUUUAUGAGCUCAGUUUUGUUUCAUUUCACAUAAUUCUUUGAGAUUUGUUGUUUU